AUGCGCAAUGGGGAUUACACCGCCUUUACCAUUACUCAAUCCGCUGCUUACGGUGGCGCAGGUGGGGAUAUGACCAUUGUCGAGACUGAACGGCGUCGAGCCCAGGUUUCUGAAGCUGUUAAGCGUAUAAACCAAGCCUAUGAAAAAUCACAGGCUGCAUUCAAUGUCGCUGUUUCAAACUUGCAGACCAAUUCUCUGCGCUCCAACGUUCAGAGCGCAACAGUGGCGGACACCACAUCGACACCCAAAACGGUACCAUCCCAAACUACCUAUGAGCGGCUGAUGGCCGAUAUCGCAAAAAUGCGCAUGAGUGCAAAUAGAUUAAAACGUCGAGGCGCAUCAGCGACCGCAGCACCAACCCAGAGACGCGCCUACUCGAAUUCGCAUAAUGGUGGGUACUUGUUGGAGAGAUAUGGCGGAGAUUUUCCAAGAGAAAAAUUUUAUCACCAUUACCGAUACCAUGGCUUAGAAUCACAACAUAAAGGACUCACUAAGUGA